CAAAAUUCUUUACUUACGUGUAAAUAUAAAAACUUUGAGUAGAAAACGAAUCACGUAUGCACGUUCUCAUUUUGUUACAUUUUUCUUCAGAUGUUUUCAUAUAAAAUUAAAAUAAUGUAUGAUUUUGGCCACUAAAUUGAAUUUUAAAUUCUUUCAUUCUGUAACUUGUAAUCACUGGAAACUUAAGCUUUCAGUUUCAUUGCCUUGACGUUUUUCGCAAAAAAUCAUAAAAUACGUCAAUAAAGCUCAUGGUAACAGAACAAAACAAAUGGAAAAGUCAGCUGACCCAAGCAGCAACAUUGUAUACAAAAUGACUCCCAAAAAUAUCGACGAUCCAGAGGAUGCCAACUCUUCCACCAAGGCAGAUGAAUCUGAUCUGCAAGAAGUUGAAGAAGUGAACGAAAGCCUUGACGAAUUGACCCGAGCACUGGACUUUUUCGAGCAACGUACUGACGAUAUCAUUGCACAGCUGAGGGUAUUGCUUGAUUCUAAUCGAGAAAUACGCCAACAAAUAGCGCAAGACAAAGAGAAAGAAACCAUUGCGGCUUUAGCAGCAGCAAAUAUUAGUAGCAAAGCUGGGAGCAAUGAUGCAGAUGAAAACACCAAUGUAGCAGAGUAAAAUUAUAGCACAGAGAGUGCAAACACAAAAGUAUUAGAGGCCCGCGAAACCUUUGUUUACAUUUUCCUGCUUGUUUUACUAUUUAACUUAAAUUUAUUCGUGUUGACAACAAUUAUAGAAAAAUAGUACAAACUAAA